AAUUUAGAUCAGUCCGGUUCGAAGCUCGGAUAGCGACGCUCAGCGUCGCCUAAAACCAAAAUAAAUACCCUCGUUUCAUCCGCGGGUAUAAUCGAGACGUUUAUACCGAAUAAUUCCAUGCCGUUUUAUACGUUCGCCUAAAUAAUCGUUAAUCGCCUUUAUCCGUAGUUUGAAUUUCCUCUCGAUUCUAAAUGACAGUGAUAGUUUUAUACACUCGUCGUACUUCCGGUUUUCAGCACUUAAGGGAAUUCUACAACGAGAAGGCGCAACGUUGAGAAUGAACGAAUCCAGAAAUGCAGCCGUCAUCGCCAUUAUUUUGGCGUUGACAUCUCACUGUCAUGGAGCAAUGAACACCAUAAAAAUUGGUGCGAUAUUUCACGGUAAUGGGGAAGUAGAAACUGCGGUGUUGCAUCACGCCGUAAAGCAAAUACGGAUGCAUCGAACCACCGGUCAAUUUGACCUGGAACCGAUUAUAAAAACGGUGGAAAUCGAUACCGAUGGAAUGGGUGCCGCCGCUGCCGCCUGCGAAUUACUGGCCGAAGGUGUCGCUGCAAUAUUCGGACCAAAAAGUGCGUACACGAGAUCCGUGGUCGCAAGUAUCGCGGCUCAUCACGAUGUACCUCACAUCGAGUAUGCCUGGCGACCAGUCGAGGAAUCAGAGCUCGAGUCAACAACCAUCAACGUUUAUCCACCCGGCAAAAACGUUUCCGAGGCGAUAGCAACACUGAUAACGGCGAUGCCCUGGAAGCAGUUCAUCGCGAUCUAUGAAACUGACGACGGUCUCUCGAGGAUCCAGGACGCGCUGAAGCUUCACGGGCCUCAGGAUGAUCCGGUGACUGUGAGGCAGCUCGGCGAAGGACCGGAUUACCGUUCUUUGUUCAAAGACGUCGCGACGUCGCGUGAUAUAAACAUACUUCUCGACGUCGAGUACGAUAAUCUGAUACCUGUUCUCGAACAGGCGAAACAAGUAAACCUGAUGAAGGAUUACUACACCUACAUAAUUUCCGGCUUGAAUUUUCCGGAUGAUCGGAUCAUCGAGAACUUCAAGGACUCACCGGUUAAUAUCACCGGACUCGGACUCAUGGAAGACAGAAAGGACGAACUGAGAGAUGCCCUCAAGCUCGACAUCAGGGUUGAAGACGCCCUUCUUUACGACGCUCUUUUACUCUUCAAGAAGGCGUUGGACGCGCUGAAUUUGGCAAACAUUGACGCAGAUUCACCAUUCGAUCUUGUGCCAGUACCGCUGGCUUGCAAUUCCGUGGAAAAAUAUUCGGCAGGACGCAAUUUGACCGAGGCGAUACGCUCCGAAACUCGAGUCGACGAGCUGACCGGUCCGAUGGAGUUUGAUCAGUUCGGACAGAGGCAAACGUUUCAAAUUCACGUGUGGGAGUUUUACCUGGACAGGUACCAGACCAUCGCUAUUCAGGACAAUGAAGGAUUCAGGCUGACUCGGUCCGCCCAGGAGCGGAAGGAUGACAUCGAAAGUAAAAUUAAGAUCAAUCGCUACAAAGUUACAACAAGAAUCGGUCCGCCAUACUUUAUGGAAAUUCCCAAGGAUUCAAACGAAGGUAUCGUUAUCAAAGAGAAGCGAUACUACGGAUACAGCGUCGAUCUUAUCCACGCGAUAUCUGAGCUCCUUAAUUUUGAAUACGAGUUCGAGUUGGUGCCCGACGGUAACUACGGUUCAUACAGCGAUGUCAACAAGACCUGGGACGGGCUUGUCAGGCGCUUGCAAGAUCGCGAAGCUGACUUGGCCAUUUGCGAUCUGACAAUUAACCACCAGCGGGAAUCGGCCGUCGACUUUACAAUGCCCUUCAUGAACCUUGGUAUCAGCAUAUUACACAGGAAGCCGGAGACUAAAUCACCGGAUCUUUUCUCCUUCUUGUCCCCGUUCACCACCGAUGUCUGGAUCUACGUCGCCACUGCCUACCUGGCCGUUUCCCUCGCAUUAUUUUUCCUCGCCAGAAUCGCUCCGGGCGAGUGGGACAACCCUCAUCCUUGCAAUCCGGACCCUGAAGAAUUGGAGAACAGUUUUAACUUGAUGAACUCGAUGUGGCUCAGCAUCGGAUCACUUCUGCAACAGGGUUCAGACAUUCUACCGAAGGCACCGUCGAUCCGCAUGGUGGCUGGAAUGUGGUGGUUCUUCACCCUGAUCAUGACCUCGUCCUACACCGCGAACUUGGCCGCCUUUUUGACCGCCGGAAAAAUGGGCGACAGUAUAACCAGCGCCGAGGAUCUGGCCACGCAGUCCUCCAUCAAGUAUGGAGCUGUCGACGGCGGAUCCACGUCCAUGUUCUUUAAGAAUUCGAGCAACUCGGUUUACCAACGGAUGUGGGCUGCUAUGAUGGAGGCCAGACCCAGUGUUUUUACAAAGGACAACGCCGAGGGCGUUAAACGCGUACUUGGCGAAGACAGCAAGUACGCUUUCAUCAUGGAGUCCACCUCCAUCGAGUACCACGUAGCAAGAAGCUGCAACCUCGAACAGAUCGGCGGGUUUCUAGACAACAAAGGAUACGGCAUUGCCAUGCCUUUGAACUCACCGUACAGAACGUUGUUCAGCGAGGCGGUACUGAAGCUCCAAGAACAGGGUGUCUUGCAAAAGUUGAAGGACAAGUGGUGGAAGGAGAGAGACCUAAACCCAGAUACAGCAAAAUGCAACAAGACUGGCGAGGCGAAGGAUGACUCGGACGAGCUUGAGCUCGGUAUAGCAAACGUCGGUGGUGUCUUCCUCGUUUUGAUGUGCGGCGUUUCGGCAGCUUGCGUAGUAGCGAUCCUCGAGUUCCUCUGGAACGUCAGAAAAGUCGCCGUCGACGAAAUGGUGACACCGUGGGAGGCCUUCAAGGCCGAGUUUAAAUUCGCGAUCAAUAUUUGGGCCGAGACGAAACCGGUCAAGGUCGCAAAGAGCAGCAACAGGAGUUCCACUUCCGCUUUGCACACCGGCGCUGGACCGGGAAGAGCAGCAUCCGUUGCCAGGUCGCUCGUAGGUUCCUUCCUCAGGCUCGAUAUGAUCGACAAGUUCGAGAAGGACAACACAUCGAAUACCAGAACUGGAAAUCAGAGGAACAAUUGAAAUUUCGUUUGAUCAUUAUUAUGACUUAGUUAUUGAUACUUUGAAUGGCUUCAAGCGUAAUCGUGAAAUAUUAUAUAACGCAUAGUAUUUAGUAUUUAUACACUGAUACAAUAUCUUAUAGUCUGGUUUGGGAAGCUACCUAUAACGUUUUUAUUUUAUUACAUUUUUUUUUUUUUUUAUUCUUGCUUUCCGGAAUUCCAAACGACAAGUAAACGACUAAACAUCCCACCAGAGUCGGGUGACUCUGCCGGGCAGCAAUAAAAAAAGGAAAUGUGUGGUAUGAAAUGAAAUUAAAUAAAAGCUGC